AGGAGGGAGAGGAGGAGGGGGGAGGGAUAUUGAACCUUUCCUGGAGAUUGCAGGGAGUUCCUUUAAGCACAACUGCUCUGAGCUGAACUUUAUUUCCAUUUUCAAUCUAAAGUCCAAACAAUGCAGCAGUUGUACUUGGAGCAAAGACGUUGUGGUUUAUAAGUUUCACUAUGUUGGAAAGCCACAUCCAUCUACAGAACACCCGUGGAUUGUCUUCACAGUACAGUCGUGGACACAAAUAUAUAUUUAAACGGGUUUGAAUCCUGUCGUCUUGAACUUGUGUGAAGAUUUUGUUUGCGCAAUUGGAAGAAAUGGGGACUCCUGGAGCUGGAAGGAAACGAACACCGAUUAAGGAUAGAUUCUCAGCCGAAGAUGAAGCUUUGAGCCACAUUGCCAGAGAGGCUGAGGCAAGGCUAGCAGCCAAGCGGGCAGCCCGGGCAGAGGCACGAGAUAUCCGCAUGAAAGAACUGGAGCGGCAGCAGAAAGAGUUUCAUCGUCCCUCUGGGUCAAAAUGGGGAGAGAUCCAUCAGUGGAUGGAGAAUACAGAGCGUGCCAAGCAUUCUCAUAAGUCUGGCCGAUAUCAUCUGCACACCUCCAGUGAUCUGGGCGGAUCCUACAGAAGCAGUUCAAGGCGAAAAGACUAUGUGUCUUCUGAUGUAAAGGACAAGUCAUCCCAGUUCAAGAAACUCUCCCAAGCUAACUCAGUUUACAGUGAUCGCCUCGCUGCCAAGAAGACGCUCUCUAGUUCUAAUAAAGACCUACUGAGUGGAAUGUACUACGAUCAAAGAAACUACAGCACCCUGCGUAACUCUAAACUGCACUCCUACAGUCGGCCUUCUUCAUUAUAUAGUGAUCCAAUAGCAACAACAAAAAGCUAUAGGCCUUAUUCACUGUAUAGUGAUCCGAUAGCAACAACAAAAAGCUAUAGGCCUUCUUCACUAUAUAGUGAUCCAAUAGGAACAACAAAGAGCUAUAGGCCUUCUUCACUAUACAGUGAUCCAGUAGCAACAACAAGUUAUAGGGCAUCUUCUAAUUUGGGCACUGGCCUAUAUCGAAGUCAGAGUUUGGCAUCGCUGCGUGACACGGGACUCUAUCAUCGAGACCCGAAAUACAGUUCAAGAACUCCAUCCGAGUACAGCUAUUCCUUCCGAUCGAGCUCAGCAAGGAGCAGCCCACUGAAUUCAGAUGAUGAAACGCUGAGCACAGUGUCCCAGGAUGGCCUCAGUCGUGGCCGCCGUGACAGCGUGUCUUCUGAUUUUUCUGAUCAGAGUGAGUCGAUAGCUGACUACUUUAGCCGCUCAAACCGCAGGGGGAGUGUGGUAUCUGAUUUGGAUGACUCUACUGUUCCUGACCUCUUUAUUUUGGAGGAGAAGACGGAAUCAUUUUCUCGGCCUGCUUCUCGCAAUGCGGUGGCAGGGCUAUCGCCAGCCACCCUGGCCUCACUCGGAGGUUCGUCGUCACGGCGAGGAAGUGGGGAUUCGAGCAGCGUUCUGGAUCCAGAUGUAUCGCUCAGUGAGUUGCGGGAUAUCUAUGAUCUUAAGGACCAGAUACAAGAUGUAGAGGGGAGAUACAUGCAGGGAUUAAAGGAACUUAAGGAUUCCUUGUCAGAAGUAGAAGAGAAAUAUAAAAAAGCCAUGGUCUCCAAUGCACAACUGGACAAUGAAAAAUCUAACCUAAUCUAUCAAGUGGAUACACUAAAAGAUGUGAUAGAGGAGCUGGAGGAGCAGAUGUCAGAACUGUAUAGAGAAAAUGUGGAGAAGUCAAAGGAACUGGAACGACAGAAACACAUGUGUAUUGUAUCUCAACACAAAGCAGAGGAACUGAAAGAGGGGAUUCGCCAAAGAGAUGAGCUUAUAGAGGAGAACAAGUGCAUGCAGCAAAGGGUGGACACCCUCACCAGGGAAGUAUUUGAUCUGCAGGAAACUGUCAUCUGGAAAGACAAAAAAAUUGGGGCCCUAGAGAGACAAAAAGACUACUUUGACUGCAUUAAGAAUGAGCGCGAUGAACUGAGAGAUGAGUUGGCUGAACUAAGGGAAAAAUCGAAGAAGCACGGCUUGGUGAUCAUACCCGAAGGCACACCUAACGGUGACAUAAACCACGAGCCAAUUGUUGGUGCAAUUACUGUUGUGUCCCAGGAGGCUGCUCAAGUGCUGGAAGGUGCAGGAGAUGGACCACUAGAUGUGCGGCUAAAGAAACUGGCUGAAGAGAAGGAGGAGUUGCUCGGACAGAUCAGAAAGUUGAAAUUCCAGGUGGAAGAGGAACGACAGAAGAACUCUAAGAUCGAGAACGUACUGACUGAUUCAGACCGACUAGAGAAUGGCACAGAUCUACAGAUACUGGAGAUGCAGAGAGAUAUAAAUAGGCAACUGAGCGAGUACAAGUUCAAGCUGUCGAAGGCAGAACAGGACAAUGCUACCCUCGAACAGAAUGUCUCCAGACUGGAAGGACAGGUGCUUCGGUACAAAUCUUCAGCUGAAAAUUCAGAAAAAAUAGAAGAUGAACUGAAAGCAGAAAAGAGGAGGCUGCAGCGGGAGUUACGAUCAGCGAUGGAUAAGACUGAGGAGAUGGAGAUGACCAAUAGCCACUUGGUGAAGCGGUUAGAGAAAAUGAAGGCUAACCGGAAUGCACUACUAUCUCAGCAGUAGAGAGCACUUCAUCCUAACCUAACAAAACCUUACUUUGCAUCACAAAUUAGACCUUUAUCCAUUGGCACAAACACUUUCAAACAUUGGAAGGUGUCCUCCAAUAUCGUUCUAGUUUUAUAAAUGUUGGCGUACAAAUUUUGUAAUUUAUGAGCGAAUGGUGACCCGAUCCAGUGUCUACUUGUUGAUAAUUGUGAACUGUAUUAACUGUUUAGUUCAGUGGGUUAAUUAUAGCCUAUAUGAAAUGGGUUGUGUAUUUGGGUUGUGUAUGAGUGAUUGAUUUAGUAGCAAAAUGCAAAUAGGAUGGCUGUUCAUGGCUUUAUACAUCAGAUUGAUUUACAUAAUCUUCCGCUGCUUAGAAAUGAUGCUGAGGGAAUCAGUGCUGUGCGUAACACUGUCACAAAUAGUAACCCACUCUGGUAGCAGACAUUCACUGCAAAUAGUGACUCCUGCCAAUAAUCGUCUGUUCACCUUAAAUAGCAACCUCUGCCGGCCGGUAACUGAGCUGCAGUGCAAGUAAUGACUCCUGACAGUUGCUCUUUGUGAUUUCUUGAUAUAAAUGUCACGUGUUAGACCCCGUUGGGCAUUUUGAAAUGGAAGAUUGUAGGAACAGAACAGACAAGAUAACCUUGAAGGGCUUGUCGAAAAAUCUGUUUUUGUUAUAUGCCAAUAAUUAUACGCACCCACAAUGCAAGAAUCCCCACAACACAUUUGAAGUGCCUUUUUGCAUGGUGCAAUGGAGAUUAUAUUGAUCUGGUGGUUGAAUGAACAAAAUUUAUGAUCUGUUCAUUUGCUAUAAAAUAUUUUAAUCGAUGUAUUUAAAAUGGGUACAUUUUUGGGAAGCAUUGUAUACAAUGAAACUGCUGCGGUUCAUUUUUCAUGGUUAAGAACAAAUUCAAUAUUAGUCUCCAUUUUUUGUAUUAAAAAACACAUAUUCUGGUGAAUAAAUUCAGGUUGCAGGUGAGAUUGGUAGAUUUUUGCAUUGGUCAUAAAUGCCCCUGAAGUUGAGGUUUGUAAUACAGGAAACCCUUUACUACCAGGGUUAAAACCAGUGCAAAUAAAUUGUUCCCUUUUGUAUUAAGUAUUGGAAUGCAUCUCCAGAAUAUUACUUGUUGCUUGUGUAUAAAGGUUUGGUCUUUCUGAGUGAAUGUGAAGCUCUGAUAUUAAAUGAAACUAUGGACACUUUAUACAACAAAGCCACGGAAUGUGAUUUGUUUUCCUAAACUGAGUAUUAGUGAACAUAUAUGGUGCCCAGAUACUAUGCACUAAUCCUUCAAAAGUGGUUAACUUAAAAUGACUAUCCCUCAUUAACUUCAUCAGCCAUUUUGAUAAUGUUUAAACAGGAUGUAAUGAAGAAACCUCGUGUGAUUGUCAUUUGCCAAAGUGGAAGUCACAAACCAACCACAACUGGUCUGAUUGCAACUUUUUCAUCAAUCGGAAUUGACAUCCAAAUGCAAGGAUAAUAGGAUUUAUAGCAUCUCCUCAUAGCAUUGAAACAUCUCAAAAUGUUUUGUAGGAUUUUAUUGUAAAGUGUAAAGACUGCAUUUUUUUAUCAGGGGAUUGUUAGCCAGGACACCAGGAGAAACUCUUUGAAUAGUGCCAUAGGAUGUGAACAGCAGACAGGACCUUGGGUUAACAUUUCAUCAAUGUUCUCCAGCAUUCCAGUGACGUGUCAGUCUAGACUGAGUUCAGAGUUUCAGUGUGGCACUUGAAGACACAACUGAACCAGGCUGACACCAUGUUGAGCUGCAAAUAGGACUGACUGCAGUAUGUCUUGCAACCAGUGCCAGCGAAAUUUAUUUCUAGGUUGGUUCUCAGAAAGUGCCAACAGUCAGUGGAAGACUAACAAGAAGAAUUUUAUGUUCAAAUUGUCUGUCUAAAGUGAAGCAAUAUUUCCCAAUGGAAACUGGACUUAGCAUUUGCUGAACUUGAAAUCCAUCUGAAACAACUUUGUGUUUGAGUGAAAUGUCAAUCCGUGCCUGUUAAAUUGCUAUAAAUGUAUUGCCACAA